AUGCUCGACAGCAGAUCCGACGAUGAAUCGAUGGAUACACAGGAGUCUAUCGAAUCUGUAAGUGAAUCAAAAAGUACAACCUCUUCAAAACCACCAGAAACUUUUCUUGAUCCAAAUGAAGUUGUUCCUUCAACAUAUUUUUAUAAAAAAUCAUCCUCAAGGCCUACUAUAUCCGAACUUCGUGAAAAAUCGAAACAUUCAAAACACAAAAAAGCUCCUCCGGUUGAUGAAACUAAAAAGAACAUGGGUACCUUUACUGGCGUUUAUCUUCCAGUUAUUGUCAACUUAGUUGGUAUGACAUACUGGGUUCGUGCAGGCAAGUUAGUUGGCGACUGCGGCGUUGUUUAUGCUUUACUUAUUAUCUGGGUUUCUGCGAUCAUUUCCAUUAUCCUUAUCAGUUCGUUAUCAGCUCUCGGAACAAAUGGCGAAAUGGAUGGUGGUGGUAUCUAUUUUGUUAUUUCUCGCUCAAUUGGUCCUGAAUUGGGACGUUGUUUAACAAUUUUCUUAGAUGUUUCCACGUGCUUGGGUGCUGCUGCUAUCGUUGUUGGUUUUGCUGAAACAAUUGUUUCCGUUUACGAGCCUAAAUACAUAACAGGAAAAGCAAUCAACGAUGUUCGUCUCUUGGCAUUCGCAAUUAUGUUCAUCUCAAUUCCAUUAUCAUUUAGAUGGACACAAUCGUUACGAAUUACGAGUUUUACCCACUUGAUGGGACUUGCAAGUUUCUUCAUUGGCUGUUUCAUGCAUAAACCAUAUACCGUACAAGGAUUCAUCGGGCAAUCAGUCGAAAAGUUCAAAAUCAACGCGUUUGAACCCAGGACCGUCUCAAAAUUCUUUGGUUAUAUCUACACAGUUUCGCCUGCCUUUACAUCAUUAACAGGAUGUCUUUCUUACGCAGGAAAUCUCAAACGUCCGCAGAAAAUGAUACCAAAUGGCCUUGUUUACGCGUUUGCAACGUCAUUAUUGAUCUGGCAUGUAACAAUUAUAUUACUUGGACUCUGUGGCGACAAACAAUUCCUUCAAGAAAAUACAAUCAGUCCUAUUAUUGCAUUUGGAAUCAAUAAAUGGAUUGGAUUUGCAACAAUUAUCGUUUUCGCUAUGCACAGAUCACUUGGUAACAUCGGAUACGAAAUUGGUCUUAUUACUGAUAUGGCCAAUGAUAAUCUCCUCCCUAAAAUCAGAUGGUGCUACGAUUAUUGGAUGCCUCUUUCAAUUACAGCCAUUUUCAUCGGAAUUGGUAGCUUAGAUUUCAGCUCGAAUAUCAAUACGAUUUUCUGGCUUACAAUGGGUGUUGUUUUCAACUGGUGCGUAUGGAGUGCAUCAAGAUCUCACAUUCCAGGCUGGAGACCUAAAUCUAAGCUUUACAGUCCAUGGCUCAGCUUCUUUGCAUCAUGA